AUGGAUUCCAGCAGAGGCGUAUCAGGGAUUGGCUUUGACAUCAACACUGGUAUGUUUCAGGCGUUUGAUGAGUGGUGGGACAAGAUGGAAUCGACAAACAAGGCUUGUGCAAGGUUCAGGAAAAAAACUUUGGAACAUCGCGAGCUGAUGGAGACGAUCUUUAUAGGGGCAUCAGCUACGGGUAAGCACCAUUGGACCCCGGGAGAGAAGGUUGUUGAAGCUGCCAAUGUAUCAUCCGAUUAUGUGGACAGUAUCAAUGCCCAGCCAUUUGUUAAUCAAAUACUUGCACAAACAGAGGACGUGGAUUCAGAUUCUUCACUCGAACCAGUUCAACCUGAACUCAAAAGGAAACGAACUCCGUCAAUAAUUUGUGGAAAUUCGCAGAAGGCAACUAGUGGAGCGUUAGUUAUAGCGGAAAGCAUGAACAAUCUUAGAAAUGUGGUUCGUACCCAGAACCAGCAAGUUACGGUGAGGCACCUAACAGGCAACAAAUCACUAUACACAGUUUUAGAGUACAUGCAAAGGCUUAGGAGCAUUCAUUCCCUUCUUGAUACCCCACUAUUCCAUUAUGCAUCGACAUUGAUAGAUAAUGCAAAUUACCGGGAGGUGAUGAUGUACCAGCCUAAUGAUGACCACAUUGUUGGAUGGCUCACACAGAAGCAGCUGCAGUUGAGUGCGGUGCCGCCGUUUGCGAACCUAUUUAGGGCUCGGCAAGUUUGA